AUGACGCCUCCUUUCAAUGCCUGUUGCGACCUCCCCCACUUUCACGUGCUUCUCUCCAACACAACGGUGACCAAGCAUGCUUUUCCGCGUUGGUCCUCGUAUCUCUCGCCGUAUGGCGUCCCGAUCCUGCGCUUCAACUCGAGCGAGGCUCCCAAGCCUGCCCCACAGCAGAGCAAGAACCUCGUUCCCUUCGGCCUUGCACUCGGCGCUGGCAUUGUGGGAUGGUACUACUACAUGUACGGCGGAGCUGUCGAGAAGAAGGGUGUCGAUGAGUUUGUCAAGAACCAGGAGAAGAUUGUCGAGCGCGAGCACCAAGCUAGCAAGGACCAGGUGACAAGCAUGGAGUAG